AUGGAUGCUUCUCUGGUCAUUGAUAUGGAGAAUGUGGAGGAAGGGGAAGAGAAGGUUAGGGGACGCAAAAAGAAAAGACCAAAUUCAAGUAAGAUAUUAAAAAAAAUUCCUUGGAAGAGCCCCAUUAGAACCAAGAGGGAUUUGGGUUACACGUGUUAUUAAUACAUUUUAAAGGGCUCGUAUUAACGGGCUCUGAUUUGUAGAAAUUGUAUCAUGUUUGUCCGGAAAAUGGCAGACUUGUUUUGUGGGUACAGUGGGGUGAGGGUGCUCUGUUUUCCUAUUAAUGCUGUUUUCUAAAUUUUCCUAUCCAGCUGUGAAAAGGUUCAUAACAUCAUUUUUGCCUACGUUCCUCAACCAAUUCCUUUUGAGUGACCAUAAAGAAUUUAGAGUAUCAAAGAUGUUAAUUGGAGUUGCAUUUGGAGGGCUACUUGGAAUCGGUUAGUAGUUAUUUUGUUUUGGUCAAUUACACUAACACAGAAUAUGUUUCAUUGUCUAUCUUGGACACAGGACUCCACGAUGAUAUAUGGUCUAAUAGGGGGGUGCAAAGAGAAAAUGUGAUUUAGCUGCGAAUAUCAUAGAAUCGGUCUGUAGGUAUUUGGAAUUAACUGAGCCUCAUACAGUAAAUUAGUAAUAUUGUUUAUUUAAAGGUGUUAUACCAUCUUUUUUCUCCUCGAUAGGAUUUUACUUUGCCUUGGUGCAUCCAUUGACGCUGUACGAACUGUACAAAGUAAAAAUGCUGUAUGCGGUAACAGGUAAGACGGCUAUACCCGAUAUAAUUUAUUUCUCCAUAUGGGCUAUACAAUUCUUACUUACAAAUCCUAUCUAAAGCUCUUACAGCUUGUCCAGUAUCUCAGCACAAUACUACCUGUCAAUUGAAAUAUCUUAAUGAAAUGGAUUCCCACGGAACACUUAGUCAUUCCGCACUGAUGGAUAAAGGCAAACUUGUAGCCAACACCAUAACAUAUAACAUAAGAAAAACCUAAUACGAUACUCCUCCAGUACUCUACUGAGGUUUGAAGUGCCUUUUAGUUCCCUUAAAUCCAUUUUUUGUUACUAUGAGGUCCAUUUGAGACAAUGCUCAAUUUAUGACAUUAUUUGGUUGGCUAGAUUUUGUGCCUUGACCAUGCCACAGUCCUACCGAGCUUUCAGGACAACGAAGGAGAGGAGAUAUUUUAUUAUGUCUACAAAUCUAUUUAAUUAUUUGCCAUUUAACAAAGUAUAGAUGAACUAAUUUCUAAAAUAAAAGUUGUUCUGCCAUGUUGUUCAAAGUUCCUUGAGGUCAUUGUGAGCUGGACUGGCCUGUAAUGUGAAGGUGUGAAGUACAGACACCUCACUCACGGUAUCCCUGUGUGGACAUGGAGUGAACUCGCCUCAAAGUGCUUUUUCUCAUUUUAAUAUUCUUCAGUUCUUUUUAUUGUUUCUGGUUUGCAGGCACAUUUGCCUUAGGCUGGGGCACGUCACCACACUUCCGCUGUGCCACUCUCCUUAUAGUACCCAAUAUAUUGGGGAAGGAAGGACGCGCCUAUCUGAUGAUCUAUGUAAUGGCCUCUAUUUAUGCUGGUAAGUUCAUGCAUGUCUCAUUGACACCAAUGGCUCAUCCCACUUGCAGUACAGACUAUAAUUUUAAUCUCUGUUCUCAGGACCCAUCAGCAAUCUCCAACAUAACCUUGGGGAGAUUGCAGAGUCUUUCGGCUGCACGGUAGAGUUGCAGAUUAACAACUCAAGAAAGCUUUGGAAAGUUAUGACCGUCCCUCUCAAAGCAAUCGUCAAGAAUACAAUUGUAUGUACUUAUAUUCAGAGAAAGCACAACAGAUAGUAAAGGGACCCUUCACUAGAGUUGAGUAGGUUGAGGGGUAUUAGGGAAUAACCCAAAAGUAACAAUACAGAAAAAAAGAGACUGGAAUGGGAUGACUCAGAGAGAGCUUCCAAGGCUCAGUCCCUAUACCCUAUAAAGAAGGAUGCUCUACUAGUAUGUGGUGACAAAUUGCCAGUCCUAGAGCAUAAAACGAACCUAUACAAAAUAAUAAAUCUUUAUUAGGCCCUCGAGGGUUAAAUAGCUCAUAGUGAGAAAAGAGGUGUAUAUACAGUUUAAGUGAAAAAAUUAAAAAAAUUUAAAGAAAUAAAGACCUACAGCUAUUCUUAAAUCGUUACAAUGUUUGUGUAAACUGCUGCUAGUAACUUUUUUUCAACAGUGUAUCAGUAGCCUUAUUAAUUCUUGUGCCAAAGUAUCUAGUUUUACAACCGUGGUAGAGAUGGCAUAUAUACCUAGAAAAACCGUGAGUAAUUAAAAAAUGUAUUUUAGGUAAGAGCAAAGGAAUUGAAGGAUGACUCUAAUGGCAUUAAAGAGGCUUUUCUUGAGACCGAAUCGGAGGUAGAGGGUACAGAAGGGUACGACACGAAGACGGAGGAAGAAAGGGAGAAAAAUGAGAAGGAGAGUAGCAAGAACAAGACACUGGGCACUCAAAAGAAAUUUAGUGUGAAGAGCGUGCUGCGUUGUGAAUGUGAGUGUCUGGCCAGAUUGUUUGUUUCUAGUAAUAAGAUAAUACCAUGAAGUUAUCAUCGUAUGACGGGCUACAAUAAUGAUAGACCUUAUUAAUUCUUGUGCCAAGGGACUUUUUAUAUAUAGACGCCUCGAGGUGGUCUUUGUGGACAGCAACAGAGAAUUCCUCCUUCAGUAGUUAUUAUGCUUGAAUGGAUGAACGUCCUGAGAAGAUCUAUACUAUGCAUUGGUUUAAGAAACCAUGAAAUAUUUGUAAAUAGAAACAUACUCAAUGCUACCUACAUUUUAUUAGUCAUAAGACAAACUAAAGGAAGCAAAGUUCGGUGUGAGACCUUAAGCCAUUUAUAAUCCAUGGCACUAGAAAGUGUCUACAGUUUAUCUCAUUUGGGUCCAUCAUCCUAAUAAUAGCAGUUCUUUAUGUUAACAGAUGUUGUUGAACAAGGAGUAGAUCGAUGCAAGGACUGGUUUGACAAGAAACAUGACGACUGCAUGAGGGCAAUUGUCAUACCAAUUUUAAACUCUCUCCUCUGUCUCCCAAUGAAAUUUUCAUUUCUCUGCAACUUAAUGUACGGUAAGAGUCUGAACGCUGAUUAUUUAUGCUUAUGUAAGGCAAUGCCAUCUAAUCUUAUUAAGUUCAUUUCUCCAACAAAAAGUCUCCUACCCCACUUAAAAAAAUAAUAAUAAUGAAAACAAGUACAAUGAAUGAUAUUUCAUAUAGAUAUAGUUCACAUGGCAGCCUAUACAUAUUGAAUGACAUGCAGAGAGAUUCUCAGAAAAUAUAGACAACACUAAUAGCACUAUCUGUGUCUCUACUUAAAGCCUCUCACAAUAAGUCUGAAAAAAGAAAAACAAUUUUUUUCUAUAUUUCAGUGAUCGAGGCGGGGAACUAAUCUCAAAUAAACCACCUUAAAAAAAAAAUUCUGCGCACCAUAACUACAGUGUGCUUUUUAUUUAUUUUUUAAGACCUGUAUGACGUCUUAACUGGGACUGAUGAUGUUCUUGGAUUUGUGCCACCCUAGGCACGACUAAAUUGAGGCACCCCCUUAAUCUAAAUUUGCACCACCACUUUGUGUCAAGGCCACUUUUUUGACUGACAGGCACAGGCCCUAAUUGACACAUGCACUGACAUACACUCACUGACAGUAUCAUUGGCACACACACUGUUUACACAACCCACACUUUCACUGACACACCCACUCUCAGAUACACAUACACUUACAAACAUCCUAAUUGAUUUGACAAACUUUGACACAGAUACACUGACACACACCUACAAUCCCUGACAGACAGAUACACACUCACAUAUACUCCUUGACAGACACACACACUGUAAGAUGGAUACACACUUUCUCAUACACUCACCAAUUAUUAUUUAUUAAAAAAUUUAAAUCCACUCAGCCUCCCUACCUUUGCGAGAGCUAGAGUGGAUUCUGUCCCUGACUGCUGCUGGGCUCCUUGCUGGGGAUGCUGGCUGGGUUGACAGACUCCAGGGGCUGCUGGCUUCUGCGAGUUUGGUUGGCUGGGCACUUAAUGGAGGUGGCGAGGGAACUAUGCUCUUUCUGCUCUGCUCCCUGGCGCACCACCGGGGCCAGAAUAAUGCCAUGUUCCGGCUUCAUAGAAGGUAGUGAGAGGGAGCAGGAAGAGAUCAGUGGACUGCGCUCCCUCGCCGCCCGUCUACACUUUCAACACCUGAAUGCCUCGAUGGGGGCCCAAAGUUAGCCCCCCCAGGCUCUUGCCUGUUCACUUAGAGUGGGUUUUUGUCGCCCCCCCCUCCCCCAAAGGUGCCGCGCUAGGCAAAUGCCUUGUUUGCCCUGCGGCAAAUAUAGCCCUGACUGGGGCGCUUAGCCAAUUAGCUUCUCCAUGCAGUGGCAGGCUUAGUUCAGCUGAGCUUCUGGCUCUGACUGAGCAGUAUUAGAGGCAGGGAGCAGGACCUGGGAGGUGCCAGGUAAUAGGUCAAAUGUUUCUAGAACUCCAUACAAUGGGGGUCCCAGGGCACUUCUAGAACCAUAACCACUACAACAUGCGGUAGUGUUUACAGUGCAUGGAGUGUUCCUUUAAUCAAAGGAUUUAAAAAUAUGAAUAAAACACCAGUAAUGUUUACUUUGGUGUAUUAGGUGUGCAUCAGGUAAGCAUUGCCUUUAAAAAAUAAACAAUUAUUAAAUAUAUCCAUACUGGCACAACUGCAUCUCAACUGUGUGUAAUUCUACUGCUCCCAUGAUGCUUUGUAAUUCUAAAGGCAUGCAAAGCAUCAUGGGCGUUGUAGUUGUACAACAUCCGGGGAUUUACCUUUUGGGCACCCCUAAUUUAAAUGAGGAUACUUUUCUCAUACUUGAAAAAUUGUAAGUGAAUUAUAAGAAAUUGGGAUGGUAAUUAGAGUUAUUCGCUUAGUUAGUUUGCAUUUCUAAUGUCCUUUAUGGUCGGUGAUUCUUUCUAUCCACAAGUGGUGAACGCAUGGUGCAAGCAAAAGAUUCCAAUUGAAGAAAACUUUGGUGAAACCUUUGACAAGGUCGAUGGCACCAUGAAUAAUAUGGACAACGGUUUCAAUACUAAAGAGGUUGUAAAGGUAAGUGAUUGCUCCAUUCUUAGUGCAAGGAAGACUUUUUUCUUCUUCCACUUAUUAGUUCUUACCCUUUUCUCUUACCAAAUAUUCCCCUGCCCAUACUGUGCAGUGACUGUCAACACAUUGAGGUUUCUUCAGUGUAAUGUGCAGAGUUCUUUACAUUUGCUGUAACAUACAAAAGUAGACAAGGCAUCCACACACUUCUCAUCCUUAUUGUUCUCUUAUCUUUGCUUCUGCUUCUUAUUUGGACAGAAAGAAGAACAGAGUUGGUUGGUUGGGGUGGGUAUUAAUCCUGACAAGAUAAAAGCGGACAUCAAGGAGAACCUUAACAAGAAGCAAUCUGUUAUGUUGAAGGCUGGAUCAUUUGUCCAACUCGUUCUUUCCUGUACCUUUGUCUUUCUACUUUUCUCGUAUGUAUACUACUGUUCCCCAUCUUCCAAUGAGACUUAAAAUAAUUUUGAUAUACUGUUUCUGCCUUCUAUACUCUCCUUUACUUCUUUUCUUUGUUUUCAAACCAAUAUCCCUACAAUGCACCGUUACCUUAUCAGUCUUCUCCACUCUCCCUUCUGUGCCCUCCACUCCACACAUCGCUUCUUUGUGCUAAACACGCUCCUUUAUAUGUCUUCCACUGCACUGUAUUCAUUGCCAUUUCUUUUAUUGCUCUCCAACCUUUCCUCCUCUUCCAGUUUCUAAUGUGGUCUUGUCUCAAUCAGGGCUUAUCGUUACAUCGCCAAUUAUAACGGGAACAUCAGGUUUGAUAAUUUCUACGUGACUACCUACUUCAGACAGAUUGAUGCGCGCAGAAAGAAACGGGUCAGCUAUUCAAAUGAGUACUUUACCGUGUGUUACAGACAAUUUUGCCUUUAACCCCUUAAGGACACAUGACAUGUGUGACAUGUCAUGAUUCCCUUUUAUUCCAGAAGUUUGGUCCUUAAGUGGUUAAAUCCAUUAGCCCAACCAUGUAGCUUGGUUUAUACCCAAUGAACAUUCAGGGUGGAAGUUUCAGCUCAAGCAUAAUCUCCAAAGUGCUAAACUAAAAACACCCGCAUGUGAAGGAGUCAUUACAACCAAGCAAACUGAAGCAGUAUAAAUGGUUUAUAAGCGUUCUAAUUCACAAAAUCAUAAAAAAAAAGAAAAACUUCAAAUUUAAAGCUGAGAACGUAGGGUUUGAUUUUCGUUUUGGCAACACGUGACCUUUGGAAGUCUGUUUCCAAUUUCUAAGGAAAGUUCAAGGUACAUAACUGGUUGUAGAGUUUAUGUGGUGUAAAAUUAUAAACAUGAUUAAAUUGGGACUGACAUAUCACCUUGUUUUGUCCUACAGAAAAAACGUACAUUGCUGCCUCUACGCAAAGGAGAACAUAUUAACUAUGUUUUCCCCUUCAAACCGAAGAUCCAGGGACCAGAGAUGAAGACAACAGUAAGUGUAUAAUCCCCUGUGUAGGAAAUUACAUAAUUUAGGAAGAUAAUAUACUUUUAAUUCACCCUUUCAGACAACACUGUUGCGACACUUGAUAAUAAAAAACAAAAAUCCCUUUAUUGCACCAAUUUCCAAUUUUUCCAUAGAACAGAAAUAUAUUUUUGCCUCAAAAUUGUUUCUGGAUCAGCAAGCUAUUAUUAAUUUCAAUGUUAGCCACUGUAUCCCAGUACAUCCUCUUUCACAUAAAAACAUCCAGGCCUUUUCAGUGGACCCCAUGGAUUUUGACAGCCCAAUUCUCCAAGAAUUUGAUUCAGCCUCCCAGACAGUAAACACUAAAGGAACGUGAUUGGGUUCUUAACAUAAUGACUGCUGUUCCCUCUUCUUGCAGAUGAUGGAGUUUAUGCAAUGUGUUCCGGUGCUAGUUUUCCUUAUGUUCUCCCUAAUCACUGACUGGCUUUUGUACCACCUAUUAAUGAUCAUUCGCAAGCACUCACACAUCACCUAUGUCUUUGCCAGUAAGUAUGAACUGGAGCUGGUGUUGGGAAUGACAUAA